AUGAGUGGCCCACCUCCACCGGGCGAUGGAGAACCUCCCCGAGCACCACCGCACGUACCUUUACCUCCAGGAAAGCGAUUCUGGAUCUUUGAUGACUUUCCACUAUUGAUGAAUUGGACGCUCUUUUACGUUGGGUGUGGUCUCACAAGCUUUCUCUGGUUGACCGGUUAUGCGCUGAGAAAAUGGGAAGAUUGCGUUGAUCGGGACGAUAAAAAGCCUGAUAAUGAUGACCCAAGUGGAGAAGAAGCUGCCCUUAUCCAAGAUGCGUAUCACAAAAGCCAGAGCAACCGCCGCGGCGAUGGGACUUCUCCUCACUAUGGCGCGGUUCAGCAAAGCACAAACUAA